AUGGUUGACAUUGCUCUUCGAAAACCCCAACGUUCAAAAUCCCUUCAGUUGCAUCGCACACCACCACCCCCACCACCUCCUUCACGCUCUAAGAAAAGCCGACCAUCAUCGGUGCAAGCCAAACCAACCAAGAAAAAGGGCAAUGAUAUGAAACAUUCAUCAUCACCACCACCACCAUCAGCAUCAUCGCAGUAUCAACCAUCCAAGAAACCUAUGAUGGUGACAGAAGAGAUAAGCAGACAAAGACCUGGUAUCCAAAGACGACGUCGAUCGAAUAGUGCUCAACCCAAUUAUGCUGGGCCAAUGUUCAACAACGCGCCCGAACCAAGUUCGCUCCCUUUGCCAGGUUUCAUUCGUCCUCGUACAACUUCUUUUAACGACAACUGGCGUCGUCCUUCACCACAACAACAAUUCCCAUCCAAAAUGGUCACUUCACACGAUAACGUCGAAACAGAUCCAAUAUUGGCAGAGAUCCAACAACGAUUGCGCUCGGUACUCAAGCUAGGUGCAUCACAAUAA